AGGCAAAGAAGGUAUGUUCGCCCCCUUCGCCUCUUCUCUCUGCGGUUUAGAUCCUGCGACGGAUCUACAAUAACUCGUCGUUUUCAUGGUUUCAUUUUAAUAUGGUUGAUUCUCGAUGCUUAUAUCUUUUAAGAUUCAUCAUGUUAACGAUUUUAGUUUUUUCAUCUAAGGUAGAAAGGAUGUCUCACCGAAAGUUCGAGCACCCUAGACAUGGUUCCCUUGGCUUUCUCCCAAGGAAACGAGCUUCUCGUCACCGCGGAAAAGUGAAAGCUUUCCCCAAAGAUGAUCCAAGUAAACCGUGCAGAUUGACUGCCUUUUUGGGUUACAAGUCUGGGAUGACCCACAUUGUUAGAGAGGUUGAGAAACCUGGAUCAAAACUUCACAAGAAAGAGACAUGCGAAGCUGUUACUAUCAUUGAAACUCCUCCACUGGUUGUUGUUGGAGUGGUGGGAUAUGUGAAGACACCUCGUGGCCUUCGCACUCUGAAUGCUGUUUGGGCGCAGCAUCUAAGUGAGGAAGUUAAAAGACGUUUCUACAAGAAUUGGAGCAAAUCUAAGAAAAAGGCUUUCACCAAGUACACAAAGAAAUAUGAAACUGAGGAAGGAAAGAAAGACAUUGAAUCUCAACUUGAGAAGUUGAAGAAAUAUGCAACUGUCAUUCGUGUUCUGGUUCAUACUCAGAUAAGGAAGUUGAAGGGUCUAAAACAGAAGAAAGCACAUUUGAUGGAGAUUCAAGUCAAUGGUGGGACCAUAGCACAGAAAGUGGACUUUGCAUAUGGCUUCUUUGAGAAACAAAUCCCAGUGGAUGCAGUUUUCCAGAAGGAUGAGAUGAUAGACAUCAUUGGUGUGACCAAGGGUAAAGGUUAUGAAGGUGUUGUAACUCGAUGGGGUGUCACUCGCCUUCCACGCAAGACCCACAGAGGCUUAAGGAAGGUUGCUUGUAUUGGUGCUUGGCAUCCUGCACGUGUUUCUUUCACUGUUGCCAGAGCUGGUCAGAAUGGAUAUCAUCACCGAACUGAGUUGAAUAAAAAGAUUUACAAGGUUGGCAAGUCAGGUCUAGAGUCACAUUCAGCCAUCACUGAAUUUGACAGGACGGAGAAGGAUAUCACUCCUAUGGGUGGAUUCCCUCACUAUGGAGUUGUAAAGGAUGAUUAUAUUAUGGUCAAAGGAUGCUGUGUUGGACCCAAGAAACGAGUUAUCACACUUAGGCAGUCCCUACUCAAGCAGACAUCUCGAGUAGCUCUUGAAGAGAUCAAACUAAAGUUCAUUGACACCUCGUCUAAGUUUGGACAUGGGCGCUUCCAGACCACGCAGGAAAAGCAGAAGUUUUAUGGUCGGUUGAAGGCGUAAUUUUUAAUUUUGCUUGCCAGCAACAUUUGCAAUAAAAAUUUUUGCAGCAAAAUAAGUCUUUUAGUGGCUUCUCUUUCGAUUUAUCUAUGGUGAUAUUUCUCACCGAGAGUAGUACUGUAUUUAUUGUUUAUGCUAGGUGCUUGUAACCUCUCUACUGUUUUUUAUGGUUGUGGAUAUUUGCGGUCUUUUAUUUCAAUCUUGUGGACUUCUGGACGAUAAAGGAAUAGCCGAAAGUUAAUGCUUUUUAAUUUUCACAUUCUGAUUUUAUU